AUGAUUCGUGCACCCGGCGUUAACCCAAAGACGAUUGGGCACGUCAAAGGCGUGCACGUCGGAAAGACGUUUGAGAGUAGGCAAGAGUGUAGUGCAUAUGGGGUGCACGCUCCAUGGCAAGCUGGCAUCCACGGGACGGCCGAAGAUGGGGCCUAUUCCGUGGUCUUAUCUGGAGGGUACCCCGACGACGUCGAUCACGGGGACUUCAUAACAUAUGGCUCAGGAGACAAGAAGGGAUGGGAAGGCGAACAAACGAGUGACCAACAAUGGACUAUGGGCAACAUGGCGUUGAAGCGUUCGUUUGAAUUGAAGCGACCAGUCCGAGUCAUUCGAGGAGCCGGUUUGGGUUCGCGCUACGCUCCCGCCGAGGGCUACCGCUACGAUGGCCUGUACAUGGUCGUAAAGGCUGAGAGAUCGGUGGGAAAGCAGGGCUUCAUGAUGUGCAAGUUUGAGUUCUCGCGACUACCUCAUCAACCACCUCUGCCCACACCCGGUCUUACCUUGGUCGACACCAAGAAGCGAAAGCGAACUCGUAGAGAGGGUGACGACGACUCUUCAAGUUCAGAGGAAGAGUGGUUCGCAGAGCCCGUAGCCUCUUCAUCUAGCGUGCAGGUCGAGGACAUACGACCACCGAGACAGAAGUCACGAGCGGGGCCGCAGUCUGCGCUGAUGAAGAAAGUCCAGAGCAAGGCCGUCACCCACAUGCGGCGGUUCAAACUGGAGAAUCCGGUGGCGAAGCGACCAGUUACGAAAGCGUUCAAGGUCAAAGCAGAGUCAGAUGCACGGUGUCCUCUUGUGCCGUUGGUCGAUCCUAAUUUGAAGGAGGAGGACAACGAUGAUUGA